AUGCCCUGGGCUGGUCUCUGAAGCUGUUGGGGAUGUUGGGCACCGCCCUUGUUUAUGGCCUAUACCUGCUCCCUGAUGCUUGGGGCCACCAUCUUCCAGCUGCUGGCUCAAUCAAGGGACCAGUUCCAACUGCAGAAGCUGCGCUUCCUAAAGAACUACACCUACCUGGCCCAGCAGGCCCAGAGCAGUUCCUCCCCUUCCUUUCUGACCAUGACACUCCAGCGGGUGAUCCUGGAAGCCUGGGUGACAGGCGUGAACCCCAAGGUACCCAGCAACUGGGACUUCAGAAGCAGUUUCUUCUUUGAAGGCACAGUGGUCACCGUCACAGGCUACGGAAACCUGGCACUCAGCACGGAGGAUGGGCAGGCCUUCUGUGUCUUUGCCCUGAUAAGCACCCUGCUCAAUGUGGUCUUCCUUGACCUGGGAACAGGGCUGCGUGCCCAUCUGACCACACUGGACAGGUGGGAGGACCAUCCCAGGUGUUCUCAGCUCCUGCAGGUCCUGCAAGUUGCUGUGCUCCUGGCCCUGGGGACCCUGGUCAUUCUCAUCUUCACACCAUGUUUCAAUGACAUGGAAGGCUGGAGCUUUGGCGGAGGGCUCUAUUUUGCCUUCAUCAUCACCCUCAGCACCAUUGACUUUAGGGACUAUGUUGUCUGCACAGACCCCAGCAAGCAUUAUGUCACCAUGAACCUGAGCCUGGCAGCUGUAUGGCUCUUCCUAGAGCAGGCGUGGCUGGCAGUGGUCCUCAGCCUGGGAUCCCUGUUUCUACACAGGUGCUCCUGUCUCUGACAGCUCAUCAGAGGCCUGGACCUCAAGAACGGAGGAGCCCCUCACCCCAGACCUCAGAAAAUCCCCAUCUCUGCAUGA